AUGCUCCUGCUGGCCGUGGGCGACCCCGCCGCCGCCAUGGAGCCCCCCGCCCCGGCCCUGGUCAUCCGCAUCCGCAUCCCGGACGGCGGCGCCGUCGACUGGACCGUCCACCCCGCGCCCCAGCUGCUCUUCAGGGACGUCCUGGAUGUGAUCAGUCAAGUUCUUCCUGAUGCAACCACAACAGCUUUUGAAUAUGAAGAUGAGGAUGGUGAUCGGAUUACUGUUCGAAGUGAUGAAGAAAUGAAAGCGAUGCUAUCCUAUUAUUACACCACAGUGAUGGAGCAGCAAGUGAAUGGCCAAUUAGUUGUGCCUCUGCAAAUCUACCCAAGAGCCUGCAAGCCUCCUGGGAAACGGAACAUACACGGCCUGAAGGUAAAUACGCGAGCCGGGUCAGCUAACAAUAGCGCUGCAGCCGUCCCAGAUUCCCUGCCAAGCAAUAGUUUGAAGAAGUCUUCUGCAGAACUGAAGAAAAUAUUAGCUAACGGCCAGAUAAAUGAACAAGACAUACGGUAUCGAGACAUCCUCGGUCACGGCAACGGUGGGACAGUCUACAAAGCAAGCCAUGCCCUCAAUGGGAAAAUUUUAGCAGUAAAGGUGAUCCCUUUAGAUAUUACAUUGGAACUGCAAAAACAGAUCAUGUCAGAACUAGAAAUUCUUUACAAGUGUGAUUCAUCCUAUAUCAUAGGCUUUUAUGGUGCCUUUUUUGUAGAAAACAGGAUUUCCAUUUGUACUGAAUUCAUGGAUGGAGGCUCUUUGGAUGUGUAUAGAAAAAUUCCAGAACAUGUGCUUGGAAGAAUAGCCGUAGCUGUUGUUAAAGGUCUCACGUAUUUGUGGAGCUUAAAGAUAUUACACAGAGAUGUGAAGCCCUCAAAUAUGUUGGUGAACACGAGAGGCCAGGUCAAGUUAUGUGAUUUUGGAGUAAGCACACAGCUGGUGAAUUCCAUCGCCAAGACAUACGUUGGGACAAAUGCGUAUAUGGAGCCAGAACGAAUUUCAGGAGAGCAAUAUGGCAUUCAUUCCGACGUUUGGAGUCUGGGGAUUUCCUUCAUGGAGCUUGCUCUCGGGAGGUUCCCGUAUCCUCAGAUUCAGAAAAACCAGGGAUCUUUAAUGCCUCUCCAGUUACUCCAGUGCAUUGUUGAUGAGGAAUCGCCGGUCCUUCCGGUUGGGGAGUUCUCCGAGCCGUUUGUACACUUCAUCACUCAAUGCAUGAGAAAACAACCCAAGGAAAGACCGGCUCCGGAAGAGUUAAUGGGCCACCUCUUCAUCGUCCAGUAUAAUGACGGGAAUACCGAGGUCGUCUCCAUGUGGGUGUGCCGGAUGUUGGAAGAGAGGCGUUCGCAGCAGCAGCAGGGAUCUCAGUGACCAG